CUCUCUGCGGUCAUGGGAGUGUCUUCAACUGUCUGUUUAUUUCCGCGGUGGCUCGGCAGCAGAAAUCGUUUCUCCGACGGUACUGUGAAGGAAAGCCGUAUCUCUUCAGUCGUCAGUGAUUCAGUAUGAACCGAGACAUUAAGUAUUAUGGGUUGAGAAACCAAGGAGCAACAUGUUACCUGAACAGCAUUCUGCAGGUUCUGUUCAUGACCAGAAAGUUCAGAGAGGCUGUAGAAAGUUCAAAACACCAUGAAAACGACUUCAAUGUUCGACUCCAUGCUUUGUUUGAGAGUUUAAAAGAAAAAACAUCAGAAACCACAGAAGUUACAAAGACACUGAGAAUUGAAGUGUAUGAACAGCAGGAUGCUGGUCACUACCUGGAGAAGAUUUUAUCUCUGGUCAGUGAUGAAGCAUCAAAGAUAUUCAGAGGAAAGUUGAUUCACAGGACUAUUUGUCGUGAAUGUCACUCAAACACUGAAGACGAUGUGCCAUUUUUCUUUCUUUCUCUCCCACUGAUGGAUUCUAAAAAUGGAAACUUCAGUGUGAACGAUGGGAUUCAGGAGUUUUUAAAGGAUGCAGAGUUUUAUGGUGAGGACCAGCUGUACUGCGACCAUUGUGAAGACAAUAGAGACACUACUGUUAAAUAUAAACUACAGCAUCAUCCAGAGAUUUUGAUUUUGCUGCUGAAGAGGUUCGAAUACAACUACAGCCACAUGUCAUACAGUAAAGACAGCCGUCCUGUGGAUGUUUGUUACACCAUCAACUUACCUGAGAACCAGACAUAUGAAAUGUAUGCGAUGGUGGAUCACUUUGGGACUCUGAGAGGUGGGCAUUACACAGCAACAAUCAAACCUGAGGAGGAAGACAGCUGGUAUGAGUUCAAUGACUCCUCUGUGACACUGCUUGGUAACCAGAUGCUCCAGAGAAAGUUUGAGAAAUCUCGGAGUGCCCACCUUCUCUUUUACAGAAAGCAAAGUAUUGCUUUACAAGAUGAAGGACAAAAUGGAGAAGAAGAACAGAGAGACCUGGCUGCAAACCUCAAUCUGAUUGUUGAAUUGGACCGGAGGCCUGAGAGGACCUGUUGGUAUCAGAAUAAUUAUGUGGCUAUUUCUCUUCCAAGUUCAACUGGCUUUUGCGAAGCCUCCACAUGUACAGUAAUUUGCAAUGGUGUUGUAAACGUCUUUACCCGGCUGAAGAAUAGGAUAUUUUCAUGGUUUUAAAAAAUCGUGCAGUAAAAUUAACUCAACAGCCAUUCCUCUGACCCCCCAAAACUUUAAAAAAUACCAUCUGCAUCGACCUUUCUCUAUCACAGAGGUGUCAAAUUUCACCCAUACUCUACACAAAAGAGCAAGUCGGCCAUCUUAGAUUGAAUUUUAUCUGUGUGUUUCUUUGUUGAUGUUUACAUGUUUAGUUGUUGUUGAACUUAAUUCACCUGUCAGAUUCCCUCUUUGGUUUAAUGUAGAUCAGUUUAUUUUCUUUCACUAAAAGCCUGUCACUCUGUCUGCAUCCAUCCACUUGGUGGCGCUGUUCAUAGUAGUAAGGUAAUAGCAGUUGAAAGAUGAAUUUUCAGAAUGGACAGGAAAUGUUUGUAAUGCAAGUCUGAUCCAUGGUUGGGGUGUAUUAUUGGAUUAUCAUGGAGUUUAUAAGGUGAUGUUUGCAUCAAACAGCUGAGGUUGUUUUGCUUAAUAGUUUAAACGAUGAAUAGAAACAGCACUUCGCCUGCAGCGUCUGUAAAAAACCUGUCAGAACUGUUUGAUGUUCUAGAUUGUAAUUAUAUAAAACCAACUUAUUUUAA